UUGGACAAUCAGGAAAGUGAUGAAACUUGAGGUGUCGAUUUUGUGUGCCCUUGCACUUUUAGCUACGACCGUCAAUGCAAAAUAUCUGAUAAAUUUCGUACGAGAUGCCAAAGGAGACAUGCGCUUGGUCAACCCGAAUCCCUAUAGCGUCAUCGACACACACUUGGAACCGUUCUUCAACGCCGAAACCGACACCGUCUUCAGACUUUAUACACGCAAAAAUCCGAAGGAAGGACAAAUAUUGAAGCCAAACGAAACAUCUUCGGUCAACAGUUCAAACUUCAAUCCCCAACAUCAAACCAGAUUCCUUGUGCACGGGUGGAUUCAGGACGGAAACUCAGAAAUGCAGAGCUUGAUUCGGAACAGUUACCUGGCGAUUGGUGACUUCAAUGUGAUCAACGUCGAUUGGGGCAUGGGAGCACAAACCAUCAAUUAUAUCACUGCAAGGUAUCGCGUCGCUUCUGUAGGAUUAGUGAUAUCAAAUAUGAUCGAUACCCUUGUCAAUGGCGCCGGAAUUUCACUCGAUACAAUCUACGUAAUUGGACACAGUUUGGGUGGUCACGUAGCCGGAGUUGUUGGAAAACAUCAGAAUGGUCGAAUUAAUUCAAUUAUCGGACUGGAUCCGGCUGGUCCCCUGUUCUCUGCAGAUAAUGACGAUGUACUCAGUGAAAAAGAUGCGCAAUAUGUGGAAACCGUAUUUACCAACGCUGGCCAGCUGGGAUUCUACGGUUCGUUGGGCGGUGCUAACUUUUAUGCUAAUGGAGGAUCUAGUCAACCGGGUUGCGGAUUUGAUCUUUUUGGGAGUUGUGCUCAUGCGCGUGCUUGGAGCUAUUUUGCCGAAUCAGUGACGAGUAGUGUAGGUUUCCGCGCGACUCGAUGUCAAUCACACGAUGACCUAGCAGCUGGCCAAUGUGUUUCGAGUAGCUCUGACGGCGUGACGAUGGGUGGUGAACCGUCCAAUCAUGGAAAGGGAGUGGAAGGAUUUUACUUGAUUUGUACCAACUCAGAGGAGCCCUAUGCGAAGGGGUAGAAUAGUUGUGAGUGUGUUUGUAGUUUGAGUAUGGUUAUUUACAGUAAGGGAUUUUGAAAACCAACCAAGCGAGAAAUGUUAGAUUCUAUUACAGAUUUGCAUAAAGAGUAUAUAGAAUUUGUAAUGUUUUUUUUUACUCUAAAUUAUCUUUACUUCUUGAAUCCAUGUGGAUUACAUGUAUGAAUUUUCAAGUGACAUAGAUGCGUCUUUUCAACAUUAGUUCAUUUGAAAUUUAAUAAUUAUUAGUUAAAGUUCCUAGUCCUAUCAGGCCUGUUUUAGAGAAUGUCCACCUUUGUGGGAUUGGUUUAUUUGGAAUUGAAAAAAGGGAUUUACAACUACAACUUAUCUACUUCUACUAUAUAUAUACCUAACCUAUAACAGUCAAGAUUCCUAUAGUAUGGUUAAUAGGGAUCGCACAAUAAGAACCGGCAUUAACGAAUACACGUAGCAUAUGGGAUUAGAGCUUAUUGGUAACAAACACUUAUGGUAGAGUAAUUUGAAGAGAUAACUUCCUGGUGUCUUCUGAAAAGCUAUUAACAAGAUAGAUGACCACCUUUUAGGAAAAUUUCGCAUCCGGAAAGUCACAAGUCUGGUCCUCCGGAGGACCCGAAGCAUCCGUAAAAAUGGUCAAUUAAAUAAACUGAUCCUAGAGCUCCAUGUUUUUUUUUUCGAAACCGCUCAUAGACGUCUUAUUACAAUUAACUUUGAGUUAUCACUGGUUUUUGGACGCUGGGGACUACAGGAUGGUCCAUCGGAAGAUCAGGAACAUCCGUAAAAGUGGCAAACUAAUGAAUCUGAUCCUUUAGCUCCGUGGUUUGUUUCUAAACCACACAUUGAAGUCUUAUCAGAAUUAAUUUGGAUUUGGGUCCGGAAUAUGAACCCUGUGGACCACGGGAUUGUUCACCGGUAGAUCCGGAACAUCCGUAAAAGUGGUCAAGUCAUUAAACUGGUCCUACAGCUCUGUGAUUUUUCAAAGCUGACGUCAAAUUAAAAUCAUAACUAAUUUCACACGUGACGGAAUCCAUAUUUGACAUAAAGGAUGAGACGUAAACAAACAUGUCAUGUAAAAUUAAGUGCUCCGAGACUGAAAAGUUCAAAAGUAAGUUUGAUUGAGCUGAAUUUUGCGUCUAUAAUUACUCAAUUUUAUGAUAAAAUUAACGCUCGUAUAUGUCAGUCUCAGAGCACCUAAAUCUACAUAUUUUUUUCUAAGUUUGUAGUCCACCAGGAAGAUUCGGAAUAUCCAUAAAAGUGUUCAGUUCUUGAAACUGAGUCUAAGAUCCGUUUUUUUUUUUCAAUACCAUUCUUAUCAGAAUGAAUUUGGAGUUAUGACCAGAAAAUGGUCCUCCAAAAGAUCCGAAACAUCCGUAAAAUUGGUCAAUUCAUGAAACUGAUCCUAGAGCUCCACAAAUUUUAUGAAAUCACUCAUAGACGUCUUAUCGUAGUGAAUUCGGAGUUGCGAACGGAAUAUGGUCGCUGGGGCAACGGAAAGAUCCGGAAGAUCCGUAAAAGUGGCAAAUUAAUGAAUCUGAUCAUGGUUUUAUCUAAACCUCUCAUUGAAUUCUUAUCAGAAUGAAUUCGGAUCUGUGACCGGAAUAUGAACCCUGUGGACCACGGGAUGGUUCACCGGUAGAUCCGAGACAUCCGUAAAAGUGGUCAAUUCAUGAAACUGAUCCUAGAGCUCUGUGUUUUUUUCGAAACCGGUCAUAGACGUCUAAUUACAAUCAAUUUGGAGUCAUGAUCAGAGUUUGGACUCAACGGACUACAGAAUAGGACCACGAGAUAGUCCACCAGGAAAAUUUUAAAUAUCCAUAAAAGUGUUCAGUUCUUGAAACAGAGCCUAGAGGUCCGUUUUUUUUUUUUGACGUAGAACUACGUCUUUGUCGACUAUACUGGGGUGCAAAGCGAAAAAUAUGUGUGGUGAAGGAGUGUUAGGUUUUGAACGCUUGUAACUUUGUCAUUUAUAUAUGAAAUAAAAAUCUAAAUACGCCAAUCGAUAGGAUAU